GGUAAAUUGUAUCUGCUGAAGACUUGGAGCUUGCUUCAGAGAGCAAAUGCAAAAGGACCUGAACUGCGAACCUGGAAGACAGCAGCUUGGGCAUCCUCUGACAUUAUAACAAGAAGCACUAACUACUCCAAGAAGGAACCGCAGUGCCAGAAAGAGGCACUGAAAAGAUCUUCCUAGGAAAACAUGAAUGUAGUUGGAAAUUUGACAGGAUCUUCUGUCAGUGAGAACAUAUGCCAGGAAACUAUUGAUGAAUUCCGCAACCAAGUAUACUCCACCUUAUACUCUAUGAUCUCUGUUGUGGGUUUCUUCGGCAAUAGCUUUGUGCUUUAUGUCCUCAUAAAAACAUAUCAUGAGAAAUCAGCCUUCCAAAUAUACAUGAUUAAUUUAGCUGUAGCAGAUCUACUGUGUGUGUGUACACUGCCUCUCCGUGUGGUCUAUUAUGUCCACAAAGGCAUUUGGCUCUUCGGUGAUAUUUUGUGUCGUCUCAGCACCUAUGCCUUGUAUGUCAAUCUGUACUGUAGCAUUUUCUUUAUGACAGCCAUGAGCUUUUUCCGAUGUGUUGCAAUUGUUUUCCCUGUCCAGAAUAUUAGUUUGGUUACCCAGAAAAAAGCCAAGUUUGUGUGUGUUGGCAUUUGGAUUUUUGUGAUUAUAACUAGUUCUCCAUUUUUAAUGUCCAAAACUUACAAAGAUGAGAAAAACAAUACCAAAUGUUUUGAGCCUCCUCAGGACAAUCAAGCUAAAAAACAUGUCCUGAUCUUACAUUAUGUGUCAUUACUCAUUGGUUUCAUCAUCCCUUUUAUCAUUAUAAUUGUAUGUUACACAAUGAUCAUUUUGACCUUACUAAAAAAUUCAAUGAAGAAAAAUCUUCCAAGUCGUAAAAAGGCAAUAGGAAUGAUUAUAGUUGUGACAGCUGCCUUUCUAAUAAGCUUCAUGCCCUAUCAUAUUCAACGGACCAUUCAUCUGCAUUUUUUACACAAUGAAACCAAACCCUGUGAAUCAGUCCUUAAAAUGCAGAAGUCAGUGGUUAUUACCUUGUCUCUAGCUGCAUCAAAUUGUUGCUUUGACCCUCUCCUGUAUUUCUUUUCGGGGGGAAACUUUAGGAGAAGGCUUUCUACAUUUAGAAAGCACUCUUUGUCCAGUAUGACAUAUAUGCCCAAAAAGAAGGCCUCCUUGCCAGAAAAAGGAGAGGAAAUACACAAAGAGUAGUUUAAACCCAUUUGCAGUAUAAACCAAUGAAAAGAAUUUCCCCAAAAAUAUUUCUCCACAUC